GCGGGCUCCGGGGCGGCCGACGUACCCGCGCGCGCUCGGGAGCGGAGGCGCGGUGGCGGCUGGCCCCCGUGCGCAGGGCGCCCCUGCUCGGACGAGGCGCCGAUGCGGGGCGACUCCGCUCAUGCAGCAGGCGCCCAGGACGGCGGCAGCCUGUGCGCUCGGACGCUGAGCGGUCGGCGGAACUGCAGGCGUCCGACGCCGGAGGCGGCCGUAGGAACAGCGUGCAACUUUGAUGUCCGUGCCACGCACUAUCUGCCCGUGGCCAUGAACUACAGGAGUGUAUGGGCAAUCCUCCAUCAGUCAGCUAUGCGAAGGUCUUUGUUGGCUGCGCUGCCAUGCGCCGUGGUUGCUGCAGUCAUGAAAUACGCAGACCUGAACAUGGAGUUCAAUUUCUUGGUUUCGAUUAUGCCGGAGGAUGCCACGUACUCGAGCUUCACGUUCUUGCUCGGUUUCUUCCUUUGCUUUCACACGUCCCACGCCUACCAGAGAUUCUGGUACGGCGCACAGAUGAUCUACACCAUUUCGGGCAAUUUCAUUGAUAUGGCCAGCUUACUCCUAGCUUUCACACAACACUCCAGCCAACCCAAAGAACUGAUUUCGAAUUUCAAGGCAGCGCUGGUUCGCUUGUCAAGUCUACUGUUCGCCGUCAGCAUAGACGAGGUGUGUGGACGACACGAGCUCCAUAUAUCUGACCGGAAAUGUAUCGAUGCGUGUGGACUUGACGAGGGCAUGUUGGAGAGGGUUCGUAUAUCCAAGCACAAGGCACAAGUUGUUUGCCUGAUGAUCCAAAAUCUAAUAGUGUCCCAGAUUUCCGCAGGCGUUCUCAACAUCCCGCCUCCGAUUCUCACCCGCGCUUUCCAGGAGCAGAGCAAUGCCAUGAUCCAGUUUCACGAGGUGAGGACAUGCAGGGAGGUCCCAUUUCCGUUCCCUUUCGUUAUUGUGUCCGAGGUCUUGUUGUUGUUUCAUUGGGGCGUGACGCCAUUUUUCAUGAGUUAUUGGAGCCAGGGAUCCCUAAGCGCUGCCACAUACACAUUUAUUAUUUCGUUUACGCUCUGGACCAUGCACUAUAUCGCGAUGGAGCUGGAUAACCCGUUCGGUGGUGGUAUCAAUGACCUCGAUACGGCAUGGCUGCAGGAUCAGCUCGAUGAGCAGCUAGUGACCCUGCUGAUGGAGUCGGAGGCGUGUUUGACAGUGGACAAGCAGCAGUGGACAAUGAUCAAUCCGGUCGUGUCCCUGGUAAACCAGUACCAGAGCGUGGCGCGCAAGCCGUUGCCCUGCAGCUGGCCCGAGCAGUGCUGGAGGAGCGUGCCGGAGGUGCCACGGCAGCUAACACCGCAGGGACUGUCAAGUUGUUAGGUCACCCGCGGGCGUUCGGAAAGAAUUUUCAGAUAAUCGUUCAUCGCGCCUCGCGGCGUUGGCUGGAGAGCCGUGCGAUCACAGUACAGUGGCGCGAACAAGCGCGAACAUGAUUGCGCCUCGCGCCUCGCGCAGCGCAGAGCGCGAAGACACGCACGACUCGGGUUCUGGCACGUUCUCUUCCUACUCUGUUCGCCAGCCACCAUCGGCGAUUACAAUGGAUGCGGGUAUGCUGGGGCGUGAGUUGUGAUCUGUUCCGUCGGGGUUUGGGGUGUGGCACCACGUUGUGCCAAAUGUUGGUGAGACCUCGUUGGGGCGCGGCGGAGGAUUCUGUCGAGGUCCUCACCCGCCCCCCAGGGCGCGGGUUGCGAACCACACCCUUUGCACACCGCACCCUUCGGAGUCGCGGAGCCUGGGGACACAUCUCACUGCAUCUGGGCUUUGGCCCGAACAUUUUUCGACUUGCGCCAUGUCGGGGAUCACGUGGCCGGCAUUUCACCAGGGGCCUCUGUGACGCCCCAAACUGACGUUUUUCCCGCACUCGCUGCUCCGAACGCCGCCGACGUCGAUCUGUAAGCCCCGCGCACAUAUCCCCCCUGUCCGGGGGAUCCGCAGAAUAGGUCGGGGAUCCGCAGAAUUUGUUGGGGGCAAAGAUGCUGCACUCAAAUGCCUUGCUCUCUGCCGCCCAGCACUCUCUCUCCUGGAAUGGGACGCGUGAGCACCAGCUGCGUGCAGCCGAGUGGCAAGCCCCGCAUCGCGACUCCCUUCGACAAGACGUCGGUCAAGCCGCACUCGACGACCACGGCGACGUCGAAGACGACGGCAGCAGAUUUCGCCACUUAGUGAGGGUUGAAGGCGCAGAGGUUCUCCAGCCUGUCGGAACCUUUUUGUUCAGCAGUUGAUGCUGUCCGAAGAUUGCUCUUGACAUAAGUGAUGCUCAGCUUUUCCCCAGACAGUAGUUGCACUUAG